AUAAUUAAUGGCGUUUUAAUUGUAGCAACCAAGAGGGAAACUCAGAGACACAGAGAGUAAGAGAGUGAGAGGCAGAACAAGUAAUUCAUAGAGAUGAGAAUCGUAUGCAUCACAAUUCUAUUGGCAACCACCUGCUGCUUGCCAGCCAGCGAGGCGUGCAAUCGUGUGCCACAGGGAGCCACCGCAGCAAAGUCGCCCGUGGAUGAGAACUUCGUCGUGUCCGUGGCGGGCCAUGCCCAGAGCUAUGUGCCCGGCCAGAAGUACAACGUUUCGCUGAGCGCCUAUUCGGGUCUAUCGUUUGUGAGCUUUAUGCUCGCCCUGGAGCUCGAGUCGGGCGCUGCGGAGAGCGAUCCGAAUGCAAUGGGCGCCUUUGAGCUGAUCGACUUGUCGGAGACACGGUUCAGUCCACGCUGUCCCAAUGUCGUGGAGAACACGAACACGAAUCUGAAAACCCACGUGGACGUCGUCUGGGCAGCUCCGACCAUGGCGGGCCAGGGCUGUGUGCUGAUACGUGCGACAGUGAUGCAGCAUCGCGAUGUUUGGUUCAUGGACGAUGGGCUGCUGACCAAGCGCAUGUGCGAGGAGGAAGUGGACGACAUCAAUACGCAGCCCAGCAUUGUGGAUCCAUGCUGUGCCUGCGAUGAGGCCAAGUAUGAGCUAACCUUCGAGGGCAAAUGGUCGCGGCACACCCAUCCCAAGGACUUUCCGGCCAACAGCUGGCGCACGAGGUUCAGCGACAUCAUCGGCGCCUCGCACACCAUCGACUAUCGCUUCUGGCAGUACGGCGAGCUGGCCAGCGAGGGCCUGCGCGAGGUAGCCGAGCACGGCUCGACGCGCACACUGGAGAGCGAGCUGAAGGACCAGAGCGAGCACAUUCGAACGAUUAUCAAGGCGCGCGGCAUUGCCUAUCCAAAUGUGACGGGCAAGACGUUUGCUGUCUUCCGCGUCGACUCCAAUCACCAUUUGAUCUCGCUGGUCUCCAUGGUUGAUCCGUCGCCCGAUUGGAUUGUGGGCGUGUCUGGGCUAGAGCUAUGCUUGCCCAAUUGCUCGUGGGUGGAGAACAAGGUGCACAAUCUAUAUCCCUGGGAUGCGGGCACCGACAGCGGUCCCUCCUACAUGUCUGCCGAUCAGCCGCAAGUGCCACCCGACGUUGUGCGUCGCAUCAAGUCCAACUUUCCCAAUGAUCCGCGCUCUCCCUUCUACGAUCCCACAGGCGCCGAAAUGAAGCCCUUGGCUACUUUGCACAUAAACAGGCGUCGUCUCUAUGAAAAGAAUUGCGAAAUACCUGAUGCGGAGCAAUUGCCUAUGGAGUGUGGCACAACCGCCUGGACACGUUGGGAUGAGUGCAGCACCAAAUGCGGUCCUGGCAAACAGUACAGAACGCGCGAGUUUAGGAACCCAACGCUAGCCAUGCGUCACAGAUGCAACAAUGCCUUGCGUGAGGAGAAGAACUGCAUGGGACGCAAGUGCGCCACAUUCAACGAGGAGGCCGCGGAGGGCGCGCAGCCCGAGGCAGAGCAGCCCAGCACGGAUCCCGAGUGCGGCCUGUCCGAGUGGAGCGAGUGGUCCUCGUGCACCGUGACCUGUGGCACGGGCGAGCUGGUGCGCACCCGGCACUACCUGAACAGGCGGGCCAAGAAGAAGUGCCAGAAGGCGAGCAAGGCGCGCUUGCAAGAGACCAGAGUCUGCGAGGCCAUCGACUGUGGCGGCGACAUAGGCAACGAGGCGAACGGCGAGGGUGAGCCGGAGGAGGGCCAGGCGGAGGGCGCUGGAGAGGAUGGCAAUGCGGAGAAGCGUUCGCUAUUCCGCAACUUUCAGAGCUUCAGUCAGCGCAGCGAGGACUAUAUACCGCCAGUGUGCGGCGUCUCGCCCUGGUCGGACUUCUCGCCCUGCCUGGGACCCUGUGGCGGCACCGGCCAGCGCCGUCGCAUGCGCAAAGUGUGGAACAACAACGAAGUGUACGGCGUGCACGAUCCCUCGGAUGACGGCACCGAUCCCUGUCGCCACAUCAAACUCAUCGAGGUGGUCAACUGCACGAAUCCCAGCUGCGAUACGAUUGUGCCCACCUAUUGCUACGAGUCGCUGCGCGUGAGCCACUGUCGAGACAGCGACGUGGCCAACUUCUGGUACUACGACCACGUGAGUGAUCAGUGCGCCAUUUACUGGGCGGAUCGCUGCGACACGAAUCAGAACAAAUUCAAGUCGAAGGAGGAGUGCGAAGAGACCUGCCGCCUGCCCCGCCACAAGCAGGAGCUGCAGAUCGAGCGCCUCAGCCCGGAGAAGCCGCUGCCCGUCGAUUGCAUGGUCUCCGAGUGGAUUGCCCACAGCUGCAACGCCAGCUGCGGCGAGGGCGUACAGCUGCGGACACGCCGUGUCCUGCGCACACCCAAAUACGGCGGCAAGCCCUGCCCCAAGCACUUGGUGCGCAUGGAUCGCUGCUAUCAGCGCUGCGACGACAUGUAUUCGGUGAGCGGCGCCUAUGGCGAACGGCGCCACAUGCCCGCCAAGCUGCAGCCCCAGCUGGAGCCGCGCGACGAGUGCCGCUACUCCGAGUGGUCCGCCUGGACGCCCUGCACGGCGAGCUGCGGCGACAACUCUGUACGGCAGCGCACGCGCACUCUCCUCAACACGGACCUGAGCUACAAGUGCAAGGACCGGGUGCGCAUCGAGAAGUGCGUCAUGAUGCCGUGCCUGCUCGACAGCAACGACGACAGUGACAAGUGGUGAACACAAUUCCCACUGAAUCGAUAUGCCCUCUGAAUACUUUACAUACGUAUAUAUUGAUUAACAUUCAUUUAGCUACAAGUAUUAGCAGCUCCCACAAAUUGCAUGUCGAUCGAAGCAAUGGCUAACAACUAAAUAUCGUAUUAAUAAUAUAUUAAUAAAUAACUAAAUAAAUACA